AAACAAUGCCCCCUUCUUGCUUACUCCGUCGUAAUUCGCUCACUUCCGCACAUUCUUAUGAGGUUUCGGUUUUAAAGUCCACCCGCUUUCACAUCAGUGUUUGGUUUAGUUGUCACUACUUAUGUUGAUCUGGACCUUGACAUGGAAUAUGAGUGUGUCUUAUCGACUCAUUAAUAUCAAUUAAAGCAAAGCCAUGGCUUUAAAUAGAGGAGCUAUUGGAUUUUUCCUAAAGAUUACUUGUCUACUUUUAUUGCUGACUGGCAUUACAGGUCUUGGUGGUUCAUUCUUGCUGCAUAAAUACAGAGUUUACGGCCUAUUUUUUAGCAACCUUUAUAUAAUUUUCCCUGCAUUGCUGGCUGUUAUCAGUGGAGCUGUUCUCUUCAUCACUGGAAGCAUUGGCUGUCUGGUGUCCAGCAAAAAACCUUCAUGUGGACACGGACUGUUUGUUUAUUUCCUCAUUAUUGUGUUUUGCGUUGUGGGUACCACUGCUGCAUUGGCAUACUUUUAUCAGGGAAAGCUUGAUGCAGAGUUGGCUCCCCUUAAAGAUGUGUUUCAGAACUACAGUAAUAACAGUCAAGAUCCUGAAACCAAAGCAGUGGAUGGCCUCCAGAGUGAGUUGCAGUGUUGUGGUGUCAUGAACUACACGGAUUGGUUGCAAACACCAUGGUUUAAUCACAGUGGGAAAUAUGAAGUUCCUCAAAGCUGCUGCAACACAACCUUUCACUCAUGCAAUGGGACUUUAGAUGCACCCAUGCUUCUCUAUAAUGAGGCCUGUCAGAUUAAACUUAAGGAGCUAUUACUACUUGUGGUGCACAUCAUCCACAUAACAUCUUUGGUGGUUCUUGUUUUGCUGGUAUUGUCUUGGAUUACAGUGGGACAGCUAAUGAGAUAUCCUGUCCCGCAAGAGUAUCGAAUUCUGGACCAAGACUAAAAACCUCCAAAUAUUCUUCAAACAAUAUUCCCAAAUGCCUGCAUAUUACAUUUUUAAUGUAUUUUGAUAUAUCCCUUGUUAUUAUCUAUUCUAAUAUAUAACACUCCGCGUUUUCCUGAAUUUCCAAGGUGUGACUAUUCACAAUGUAUAUUUUUAUAGAUGUUUCUAUUUACACACAAAGGCAUUUUACUUUGCACAAUAAAAUAGAUACAACUGAAUAA